AUGCUGCUGCUGCAGAAACGUCUGUGGGUUGUGGAGGUUUGCAGCAUUGCUUCUGAUCUUCUAUCCGGACCGCAUGCAGCAGAAGCAGCAGCAGCAGCAGCAGAUACAGCAGUAGCAGCAGCAACCGAACCAACAGCAGCAGCAGCAGCAGCAAGCAAGAAUCCUUGGUUUGCUGUUCCUUACCUCUGUGCAGAGGCGCUGCUGCUGCCGAAGUCGCUGCUGCAGCUGCUAUGCAAUGCAGCAGCAGCAGCAGCACAGUCAUCUUCUGCUGCUGACACCUCCGGUGCUGCACUGCAGCAGCAGCAGCAGCAGCAGCAACAGCAGCAGCAGGAGCAGCAGCAGCAGCAGCAGCAGCAGAUAUGGAAAGCUGUGGGGCGUCUACGACUUCUUGAGCUCACCUUGUGCUCUGAGGCACAGAGCCAAAAGGAAGGAGGGGAAGAAGAAGCAGGGGGCCCCCCUGGGGGCCGUUCAGGGGGCCCCUCUGGGGGGCCCCCAGGAGAGAUGGGAGAAUGGGUAUCCCUUUUUUGUUAUAGUUUAUUAUGCCAUGGUAAAGGUGUUGCUUUCCUUGAACUCCUUCAGUACUCAAUGCACGCCAUGACGGUAGAUGUAUUUGAGCUUUUCUCUCUUGCACUGCUAAACCCUGUAAACCCUAAUCAGCAAAAGAUGACAGCAGCAGCAAGACGUCGCUUCUCCUUCCUGCUGCAGCAGCUGCAGCAGAAGCUAGCAGCAGCAGCAAAGGGGCCCCUCCCCCUUUAUCUCCUUCGUAUAUCCUCUGCCCUCCUUAAGGAAGAAUGCAGCAAACCCGAGGCCCCUGGCAGACUUGUAAUGGCUGUAGGUACCUCUGCCCCUAUAUUAAAAUUUCUUAGGGAGCAGCUGGAGGCAGCAAUAAGGGGAAUACAUGAACUGCAGCAGGCGCAGCGUCUGUACUUUAAGGAAGCAGCAGCAGCAGCAGCAGCUUCCACACCAGCAGCAGCAUCAGCAGCAGCAGCUUCCACAGCAGCAGAAGCAGGAGCAGCAGCAGCAGCAGGAGCAGCAGCAGCAGCAGCAGCAGCAGAUAAGGAUGGCUUCUUCCGUUUUGUAUGCGAAAUAACACAACAAAAGAAAGAAAGAGAGGCUGCUAUUCCUGGCCAUCCUCAGCAGCAGCAGCAACAGCAGCAACAGCAGCAGCAACAGCAGCAGCAGCUGCUGCAGCAGCAGCAGUUUGAUUUGCUGCACUUCUCUGUGUCUGAUUCUCCUUCUCCUUCUUCUCUCAUUAAAAGUUGGCGGGACAAAGUGCUCAACACUCCCCGGCCCGUCAGCAGCAGCAGCAGCAACAGCAGCAGCAGCAACAGCAGCAGCAGCAGCAGCAGCAGGAGCAGCAGCAGCAGCAGACCGGGUUCAUCAAGAGGACUACCUAGUUGGAUAGCCGUCAAUGAAUUGCUGCAACAUCUAAUCACUUUCCUCUCUCAUGUUGCAGAGGCAGUACAGAUAGCAGCAGCAGCAGCAGCAGCAGCAGGUCCUGCAGCAGCAGCAGCAGCAGCAGCAACAGCAGCAGAGGAUAAGGAGAUAAAAGAGCAGCAAAUGCUGCUAGGGUUAACUAUGGUACAGCUGCUGCGUCUCUAUCAGCAGCAGCACGUCCUCUCUUUGCUGGCAGCAAAAGAGAGAGAGAAGAAGCAAGAUGUGCUGCUGCUGCAGCAGCAGCAGCAGAAGCUAAUGCUGCUGCAGCAACGACAACAACAGCAGCAGCAACAGCAGCAACAGCAGCAGCAGCAUAAGCUUCCUCAGCCGCAGCAAGGAGAUGAGGAAGUGUGGCAGCUGCUGCGUUGGAGUGUAUGUACAGCUCCUUUGCUGCGCUCUCUUGCUAAUCUUGCUGCUGCUGCUGCUGCAACAAAAGAAGCUGUUAUACAGGCCAAUGGUUAG